UCGCUAUUUUAGUAUGGUAAUAAAUGAUACUAGGAAAACAGUAUAUAAAUAUGUCUGCCAUAAAGGAAGAAUUGCAAUCUGUUGCAAGAUAUUUUGGUUUAUCGCAUAUUAACAUAGUACUUGAUGGUGGGAAUAAGGUGCCAACUAUUCAAAAUUCUGGCAAGACGUCUGUGCGAGGUCAUGGAACAAUUGUCAAAUAUCUUGCAAGAACCAGUCAUCUAGAUUAUUUAAUAGGUUCUGAUGUGGCAGAGAGAGCCGCGAUAGAGCAGUGGUUGGAAUACAGGACUUGUUUCCUCGACCGGUGUGCUACAGACAAAGAUGUCACAACUAUUCUUAAGGAGCUGAAUAUGUAUCUAGCAGACAAAGUCUACUUUGUUGGCCAUCAUAUGACUCUUGCGGACAUUGUGCUGUUUCAUGGCUUGCACUGCAUUGUGGGCGAUAUGACCCAUCAGGAAAAAGAAAUAUUCAUGAAUGUGUCACGGUGGUUUAGUAAUAUGCAACAAAACGAAAAUCUUCGACAAGAUCUCAGAUGUUUAAAUUUUCAGAAAACACCCAUUUACUUAAAUUGUCAUCACUGACAGAAAAUAAACUAUUGUUUUCA